GUAAAUAAAUAUCAAAGUGUCAGUUUAACAGAAUAUGUGUAAGUGAAUCAAAACAUUAAGUAAAAAACUAAAAUUGUUAUAUUUUCAGUGUCUUUUAAGCGGGUAUAUGAAACUAUUAAAUUUACUAGGAGUAACCUGUAUACUUAUUAUUUCUUUGAACAUUAUACGAGCAGAUCAGGAUUUUUUAGAAUAUUAUCAACCAAGGCCUGAUCUUCCUAAAGAAUUGAACGAAUGGUUGGCUUUUGUACAAGAGCAUAAACAAGACUUUAAGGCCAUAAAAAAUAUUGUUAAAAGACGUAAUCGGGAACAAAAUUAUUAUGACGAAAUUGAAGAAGCACAAAGCCACAAGCUUUUGUCCUACGAUGAAGACCAGUACAUAGAUGAAGCUCCACAUAAUGACAUUUACCCGCACUUCAACCAGGUACUUAACAAAAACGCCCCAUCAAACCUAGGUACAACCAAUCAUAAACAACGAAAAACCAAAAAAUCAAACAAGUUCAAAAGCUCUCACAAAUCAAGUAGAGCUCGAAGACAUUCUUCCAAGGAACAUUUUUUUGAAAGUCAGAAAAUUCCUGCAGUCGAACCAAAUGGUAAAAUCGGUGAAAUACAUCGAUCCGAUAGGAAAUUUCCAGAAAGAUAUAAGCAGGAUAAUCAGGAUAAAUAUAAUAAAAGAGAAAUACAAAUAAAUGUGUUAAAAGAUGGUAAGCUUAUAAAAUCAAUUCAAGAAAAUGAAAAGAAUUCAAAAUCUUUAGUAUUUAAUAUAGAAGCUGUAAACGAUGACAAAAAUAGUAUUGAACAAAAUAGCAAAAAUUUGAAAUUGCCAAAAUCACUCCUCAAUAUUAGUCCUGUUCAAAGAAGUUCUGAUAGUAAAGAAUUAUUUAACAAAGACCAAGAGAAUGUUUUAAACUACAAUAAUCUUUUUAGCGUUAAUGAAAAACUAAAUACAGAUAGAAACAUUGCUGACAAAACUUUAAAAGACAAUGCACUCUUUUACCAAGUCACGAUGCCAAACUUUCACUCAAUAAUUAAUCAGCCUCUUCAUCGAGGCUUUCAGUCAAAUACCUCCAAAUUUAUCACACCUCAAAAUGUUCAAAAAAAACAAAAUCAGUUUUAUGGCAAUAACUUUAAAGACAUGAGCAAAUUCUGGACUGCUUCAGAAAAAGACCGGUUACAAAAAGGUAUAGAAUUUGCUCAAGAUAAUCCGAAUUUGAAGAAUGGUAUUCAAGAUAAUGGAUUUGAAGCUGCCAAAAGUAUCGUUGUUGAAACCAGUCCAAAUAAGGAUUCAAGUAUAGGAAAGGAACCACAACAACUUUCUUUAAAACGAAAUUCGGACAUUAAAGAAGGUUUAAGUAACAACCUUUAUGGUGCAGCUUCUGAAGAUGUAAAUGAACUGCUUAAUGAGAACAAGAUGAAUUAUGAUAAAAAUAUUCGUCAUAAAGAAACCAUAGAUGUUUCUAUAAAUUCUCUUAACGAUACUGAAAAGAAUCAAAAGCUUGAUAAUACAGAACCAACGGAUUCAAAUACUGAAGCAGUUCUUGAUAAUGAAGAUAUGAAUAAGGAAAUUAAAAAUACUAAUAAUCAUAAUUUAAAUUUAAAUGUUAGUAAUGUUUAUAAAACAGAUGAAAAGAAUCAAAUAAAUAUAAAAGUUUCUACUGAUAAAGAAGUUAUUAAAAAUAACGAUAAAACUAAUAACAUUAAUUUAGACAAAGACGAUGUAGGGAUGGUACCCAUUACUGAAGAUACGAAUAUAAACAAUAAAAAUAUAUUAAGCGAUACAACACUCAAUAUUGUUCAGGAAAAUGGAAGAAUAGAAGAAACUAACAACAAGGAACAACUACAACAAAAUAAAAAGGAAUCACCACUUCCAUCUCAUUCAAAUGUUCAUACAGGGCAUGAAAAUAUUAACAACCACAUUGAAAUUACCAUAGUUGAACCAAAAGGAAAUAUUAAAACAGAUAUUGAAAAGAAUGAAGAUAUCCAGGAGAACACUGAAAAAAAUAGCAAUAAAGAUUUUAACAUGGAUGAUACUUUGCUAAAAAUAACAACACCAGAAGAUUUUAAUGAUCUUAAUAUUCAAGAAAUUAAAGAUGAGCAAAUGCAUCUAUCGAAAGAUUUGGAACCAGACAAAUCUAUAGAAAAAUCUAAUGACAUAGAUGAAGACAAAGAAAAUGAUUUAGUAAAUUGUGACAUUGUCGGACGUCCCGUCAAUGACAUGGACACACAAUAUCUCGAUAACGAAAACAUUCGCAAGAAUUCACAAACCAUUAAGGUAAUUAUCGAUGGUAGUAAAAGUAAUAAUGGCAAGAAUGAUUUAGAAGACAAUUUUCAGAACCGAUAUUUUCAUCAUACUUACCACAAAUUGAAAACAGCACAUUGUCAAGGUGACCAAUGUGAUUUAAAUAAAAGAUUGGCAAAAAAGAAAUUUUUUAGAAGGAAAAAGCAGCCAUAUUCCAAUCAUAUUAACAAAAAACGUGAUCCAUACAAACUAAGGCAACUAAAGUCUGCAGACUAUGUUUACGACGCUGAGAUAGAAGAACCAAUUGAUGAGGAAUAUGUAAAUGAAGAACAUGCAACCUCUAAAAGAGAACAUUUUUUGACAAUCAAUAAAAAAGGUGCUGUUGAAGGAGACUACGGCGAUGAAGAAGAUUCUAUACCUUCUAAAAGUAACAAAUUAAAUCAAAUAAUCAAGCAAAGCGAUAAUGUUUUUGCUGAUCCACGAACUGUAUCAUCACGCGAUGAAGAGGAUGACGGUGACUAUUAUGAAGAGGAAAAUAGUUCUAAGAAUGGGACAGUCAAUGCCACCAAGAAUGGUAAACUUGAAAUCAAGGAACAAAGUGACAAUUUUGGUAAAAGGAUGCACCCAAAACCUAAACCUCCACCUCCAAAAGAUCAAAAACCACACCAAAACGACAUGGACAAUAAAAACAAAAACUAUGUAAGGGAACCCAGAUCCCAAGCAGAUACAGAACACAAUGAUCAAGCCCAGAAAUUUGUAAGAGAGACUCAAAAAAAUUUGAAAAAAAUAGCUUCAGCUAAGAAACAGGUGAAAAAUAAAUUUCCUCUAUCGUCGAAAGGGUUUUUUACAAAUAAUAAUUUUAAAAGAAGCGAUUCAGUCGCGGAUGUAGAUAAAUCCGGUUCUGCAGAUUCGCCCAAAAUCGAUGUUGAUGACCUAGCAAAAUCUGCCUUGGGACUUACUAACGGUGACCUGGAGCGAACUACUCUCUUUAAUUUUAACGAAGUUCCUGGUGUUAGUGUGUCCAGUACCAUGCAGCCUGAGUCGGUUACUGAAGUAUGUGAGGAAGUUACUCAAGUAAGCAUCGGUAAUAUGUGUGAGAAUGAGACUGUUUUAGAAAAGCAGCACGUAAUGACAACCAUUUUGUCUAUUAUACCCGACGUUCAACAGGAGAUGAACGGAAACAAUAGUUUUGAUACCAAAAAUGACACUUUUGAAAAAUUGGACGAAGUUCUUUCAGGCAAGUUGCCAAUUUCUUUGGUUAGCUCGGUAUACGAUCAUAUGAAAACGCAUCCAACAUUUAAAACUCGGUUUUAUAGUGGAAUGAGGAGACGUCACCAUAAGGAAUCUUCAGGUGAUCUUGAAAAUUUAAACCAACAGGAAAGCAAACAACUUGUCAACGUUAUGGAAGAUAUUAUAAAUAAGUUGCAAUGGACUACAAAUUGUCAAAUGUUGCCCAAAAAGUAUAACCAGUAUUUGAGAUCGAUUACUAGAGCUAAAUCUCACGACGCACUCUCAAAAACUAAGCAGAUGGAAGAAGUUGAUUUUGAUGAUGGACAAGAUACGAAAAAUUUUAUAUUCCACGCAGCCAGUGCAGAUUCCACGAUUGAACAGAAAAUUAAAACGUUGCAUGAAAUGCUAGAAAAAUUUGAGCAAUUGCCUCCUAGUUGUAAGUCUAGGGCGGAACCGGUGAAAAAAUAUAUCGAAAACCAUAUGGAAAUGUUAAAUAAAGUUCAAGAAACGAAACCUCGUAGAAUAAAUAAAGAAUCAGAAAUUAACAACUUUCAUGCCCACCAACAACCGAUUAGGAGAAACGACCAAUACGAAGAAAGUAGUGAUCUUAUAGAGAAACAAUUGCACAGUGUCGGUCUAGGCAAAAAUCCUAAUUUUAAACCCAAUUUUGACAUAAAUCAUUUAGUUCAGCAAUCGAGAAUUGGCCAAAAGGUAGAGAAGGAAGGUAAGAUCAGGUCGAAAAUCCGAGAUUGGAGAAAAAGAUCAAACGAGAUUUAAACAGGGACACUUCAAAAAAUUACGAAAAACUUGUUGAAGCUAUUAGAAAAGAAAGAAUCAAACGAGAGGCUAAGAGGAGGAUAGCAACAUCAUUUGGUAGACUUGAUAUGACUGACUACGAGGGUAAAUCAUCAAAUAAAGCAUUUAGAGAUGUGUUCGAUACACCAUCAUACACCAGCCGGCAGAAACCUCAGGUAAUAACCACGGGUCUCCUAUUAUCCCUGCGAUUCGAAAUUUAUAGAAGAAGGUCGAAUGAGAACCUGUCUGCCUUCGAUGGGCUUCGCGAGAGUUCAGCAAAGAUCACCACCCUUCGAGAGAACUCUGAGAUAACAGUUGAUUAAUAUAUUACAUGACAUCUGUAUUUGAAAAGAGGUCAGUCCGAAAAUAUAAUUGUAACGGGUAAUAAAUAUUGCAAAUAAAUAAUAUAAAUUGAAGUAGUUG